AAUGGUAUUGUUGUUUUCAUUGGCGUAAAGGACAAGUAAAAUUGUUAAACAUUCGUAUGCAUAAGUAUUAUUUCCUCCGUGUGAAAGGGCGAAGGUGAAAUUUUACUUUAUUUAGAUGAAACGAGAUAGCAGGUUGACACCAGAACUAUCUUAGUGACGAUGUCUUCUUGUAAAUGGUCUAUUCCGCUUCUAACAAUCCUGUGUACGUCUGUUUGUAAUGUUGGUAGUAAGGAAAACAUACAAAGGAUUGAAAUUAAGGCAUUAAUUCCAGGAUAUGACUGCGAUAUCAAUCAAUUGCUACCUUUCCCAGUGGAAACGGAUACAGUGCGGUGUUAUACGUUUGAUAGGCAUUACAGAUAUUUGGUUCCAAACCAUUCGUUUUGCGAGGUCACAAAAAAUGAAACUGUUUUGCAAUACCACUGUGUCGAUGGCACUUGGAAACUUUCAAAAGGAACAGACUCUCAUCUUCGACCUAAACGAGCUGUUAUCGCAAUAAUAGCAGCUGCAGUUCUAGCGGGAUUAGCAGUAGCAACUGCAGUAGCAACAGUGAUUUAUUGUGCUGUAGAAUAUAAAACCAUGAAAUGUGAAGAACAAA